AUGAAUUACGACCCCGCCCCGCCCCGCCUUGGCUCCCUCCGACCCCUCCAUGCCUGGCCUGUGCGACAACAGAUCACCACCUCAACUCAAAACACACCUCACCUUCAACUGGGCAAAUGGCAGCAAACCGGAGUGCCAAACACGCAGCUUCGCACCCGCUUUCACCCUUUCGCACAACACCAGCCCGUCUCUCGUCCUCAUCAAUUCACGUCACUCCACCUUUCCGCCGGCGUUGCCGCUGCCGGUGACGCCGCCCCCCGCCCAGUCUCUAGCAUCAGGGCUCUACGAAACGAACGGUGCGGUUCGCCUACGAAGAAGCGGCUACGGCAUCGGUCCAUGCCGCUGGCCGUGGCCUCCGUAGUCCCCGCCGACCACCCUCCAUCAAGCACUGUGAUAGGCCGGAGCUUCCAGUAUCGAUGCGGAACUCUCAGGGGCCAAAAAGGGUCUGAAAACCUUCAGGGCUCAAUGCAGCCUCAUGCCACCACCAAGUCGCGUCUGAAUGGACGACAUGCCACUUCUCUGCCCCUCAUCUGCCCUGUCAGCCUUGGGGCUUGGAAGAAGGAGGGAGGAAGAGGAGAAGAGGCUGACCUGCGUCUGGGUCUCAAAAUCUGCGGCCACGAGGAGAUAGGAGGGCAUCCGGCAUGA